AAGAUGCUUAUAAAAUCCGAAUACGCAUUGAUGACGAACCUGCCAAUCUGGACAUCUUGGACACGGCAGGACAGGCAGAGUUUACAGCUAUGAGAGACCAGUACAUGAGGGCUGGCGAGGGGUUUAUCAUCUGUUACUCGAUCACAGACCGACGCAGUUUCCAUGAAGUGCGUGAGUUCAAACAGCUCAUCUACCGCGUUCGACGCACCGAUGACACUCCCGUGGUCCUGGUGGGAAAUAAGUCUGAUCUGACCCAGCUGCGGCAG